AUGCCUUCCACACGUCUGACAUACAGGAGGCGACAGCCCUACAACACCGUCUCCAACAAAGUCCGCGUCAUCCGCACCCCCGGUGGCGAGCACAGAUAUCUCAACAUCAAGAAACGCGGCACCGCGCCCAAGUGCGGCGACUGCGGCCACAAAUUGGCUGGUGUCCCCGCCCUCCGCCCUCGUGAAUACGCCAACAUCUCCCGCCCCAAGAAGACCGUCUCCCGCUCCUACGGCGGCAGCCGCUGCGCCAACUGCACCAAGGACCGUGUCGUGCGUGCUUUCCUGAUCGAAGAGCAGAAGAUUGUGAAGAAGGUGAUGCGUGAGGCGGAGAAGAAGAGGAGAUAG